UCUUUUUGGAAGACACUAUGUAUUCAGGGUUAAAUGGAAUUUCUAUUUUUCGUGGUUGAUGAAUCUCCAUACUGAUUUCCAUACUGCUUGCAUUAGUUUACAUUUCUAGCAACAAUAUAAAAGGAUUUCUUUUUUACCUUGAUCUUGCCAGCAUUUCUUGAUUUUCACUUCCAUGAUAGUCUUUCCUGCUGGAGUGAAAUGGGAUCUCAGUGUUCGUUUUGAUUUACAUUGUAUUGGUGCCCAAAGAUGCUGAGCAUUUUUGGAAGGGUGUGCUCUUGUUCCUGGCUGCUCCCUGCACUCUGCUUCCUGGCUGUGUGUAAUGAACAGCUUCCCUUUCCCUUGUCCUUCCACCAUGCCGUGUCCACCUUGGAGCUGAGCCCACUGGAAACUCAAGCAGGUGAACCUCUCCUUCUUUAGUUGUCGUUGGGUACUGUGUCCCAGGUGAAGUGACUGAUACUCUUGCCUGCUCUAACCCAUUCAGCUCUUGAGGUUCUUGGGGAGGACUGUGAGAAGAUGAGAAAAUAAAGAAGAGACAAAGUUGGAGUCAGGUGGAGCCCUUACUCUCCUGAUGGGAGAGAAAACACUGCUCCACCACUAUAGCAGUUUAUACACCUGGAAGAAGAAGCUCAGGUCUUUUGGCUAGACCUAUGGUCGUUACUGAGACUUCACUGCACAUUUGUCAAGUGUGUUCCUCGUCCCUAAUGUGUAGAUACCUCAACAUGGACCUGCUACUUUAGCUAACACGAGCCAGCAAUGAAUAAUAGUAAGAUAUGUGCUGAUUAGAAGGCUCACUUGUGCAGUGCGGAGGAUAAACAGUGCCUUACAAAAAUGGGGUUUGGGAGUGACCUGAAGAAUUCACAUGAAGCUGUAUUAAAAUUGCAAGACUGGGAACUACGAUUACUGGAAACAGUGAAGAAAUUCAUGGCUCUGAGAAUAAAAAGUGAUAAAGAGUAUGCAUCUACUUUACAGAAUCUUUGUAAUCAAGUUGAUAAGGAAAGUACUCUCCAAAUGAAUUAUGUCAGCAAUGUAUCCAAGUCUUGGCUACUUAUGAUUCAGCAGACUGAACAACUUAGUAAGAUAAUGAAGGCACAUGCAGAGGACCUAAACUCUGGACCCUUACAUAGGCUUACCAUGAUGAUCAAGGAUAAGCAACAGGUGAAGAAGAGUUACAUAGGUAUUCAUCAGCAGAUAGAAGCAGAGAUGAUCAAGGUUACAAAAACAGAAUUGGAGAAGUUAAAAUCUAGUUAUCGACAGUUAAUCAGAGAAAUGAAUUCUGCCAGAGAGAAAUACAAAGAAGCUUUAGCUAAAGGGAAGGAAACAGAAAAGGCCAAGGAACGUUAUGACAAAGCCACAAUGAAACUUCAUGUGCUGCAUAAUCAGUAUGUGUUGGCAUUGAAAGGGGCUCAGCUUCAUCAAAAUCAGUAUUAUGAUACCACGCUUCCUCUGCUUCUGGAUUCUUUACAGAAAAUGCAAGAAGAAAUGAUAAAAGCACUAAAAGGUAUCUUUGAUGAAUACAGCCAGAUAACCAGUCUUGUUACAGAGGAAAUAGUAAAUGUUCAUCAAGAAAUUCAAAUGUCAGUCGAACAGAUAGAUCCUAGCACAGAGUACAAUAAUUUCAUAGACGUUCAUCGAACAACAGCUGCUAAAGAACAAGAAAUUGUAUUUGAUACUUCCUUAUUAGAAGAAAAUGAAAACCUUCAGGCAAAUGAGAUCAUGUGGAAUAAUUUAACAGCAGAAAGUUUACAAAUAAUGUUGAAAAAUUUAGCAGAAGAACUUAUACAGACACAGCAGAUGCUGUUAAAUAAAGAAGAGGCUGUCCUGGAGCUAGAAAAGAGAAUUGAAGAAUCUUCUAAGUCCUGUAUAAAGAAGUCUGAUAUUGUGUUACUGCUAAGCCAAAAACAGACACUUGAAGAGCUGAAACAAUCAGUUCAGCAGCUGAGAUGCACUGAGGCAAAGUUUGCAGCCCAGAAAGAAUUAUUAGAGCAAAAAGUACAAGAAAAUGAUGGAAAAGAGCCACCUCCAGUAGUAAAUUAUGAAGAGGAUGCACGAUCAGUUACAUCCAUGGAAAAAAAAGAGAGACUAUCCAAACUUGAGUCUAUUCGUCAUUCAAUUGCUGGGAUAAUUAGGCCUCCAAAAUCUGCAUCGAUCUCUUCAUCAUACUCUGAGGUGAUCGUCGUGAGUGAGAAGUCCCUGGCAGAGCAUGACUGGUACCAUGGUGCGAUUCCCAGGAUAGAAGCCCAAGAACUAUUAAAACAGCAAGGAGACUUCUUGGUGCGAGAGAGUCAUGGGAAACCUGGUGAAUAUGUCCUUUCUGUAUAUUCUGAUGGACAAAGGAGACACUUUAUCAUACAAUAUGUUGAUAAUCUGUAUCGAUUUGAGGGCACUGGAUUUUCAAGCAUCCCUCAACUCAUAGAUCAUCACUAUACAACAAAACAAGUCAUCACUAAGAAAUCAGGUGUAGUUCUCCUGAAUCCUGUUCCUAAGGAUAAGAAAUGGAUUCUCAACCAUGAAGAUAUUGCAUUGGGAGAAUUACUGGGCAAGGGAAAUUUUGGUGAAGUAUAUAAGGGCACAUUAAAGGAUAAAACUGCUGUUGCUGUUAAAACGUGUAAAGAAGGUCUUCCUCAGGAAUUGAAAAUAAAAUUUUUACAAGAAGCCAAAAUUCUCAAGCAAUAUGAUCAUCCUAAUAUUGUCAAACUUAUAGGAGUUUGCACACAAAGACAGCCUGUCUAUAUCGUUAUGGAACUGGUUCCAGGAGGUGAUUUCCUCACCUUUUUGAGAAAGAAGAAAGAUGAACUAAAACUUCAGCAGUUAGUGACUUUUUGCUUAGACGUUGCUGCUGGUAUGUUUUAUCUCGAGAGUAAAAACUGUAUUCACAGGGACCUUGCUGCAAGAAACUGCCUAGUAGGUGAAAAUAAUGUUCUGAAAAUCAGUGACUUUGGAAUGUCUCGUCAAGAGGAAGGUGGCGUGUAUUCAUCAUCUGGCUUGAAGCAGAUUCCUAUUAAAUGGACAGCACCCGAAGCUCUUAAUUAUGGGAGAUACAGUUCUGAAAGUGACGUGUGGAGCUUUGGCAUCUUCCUCUGGGAGACCUUCAGCUUAGGGAUCUGUCCAUACCCUGGAAUGACAAACCAGCAAGCGCGAGAGCAAGUGGAGAGAGGAUACCGGAUGGCAGCCCCUCAGCACUGUCCAGAAGAUAUCGCUAAAAUUAUGAUGAAGUGUUGGGAUUAUAAGCCUGAAAAUCGCCCUAAAUUCAGUGAGCUUCUGAGAGAGCUCGAUAUCAUCAAGAAGAAAAUCACAUAGUCACAGAAGCAUGCCACGCUUGCCUUCAGGACCCUGUCCAGCAGAACAAUACUGUUGUUCUCAUUAACAAUGAGCUUAUACCACAUUACCUGCAGCCAUCUUCUAAGGUUAUUUUUUUAUUAACUGGGGUUUUUAAAAAUAUGUUCCACUUUAAAAUAUGUCAAUCAAAUUUAUUCAAGAAAUAGUCCUACCAAGGGCUUUAUGAAUAAUACUGCCAUUUCAGGCCAUUGUAAAUAAGAAAGCACAGGCUCUAAAUGUGUGAAAGAAUUUUUAAAAAUCUGUCUUUGUAACAUGUAGGGCCACUGAUGUUUCUCAAAGGUUUUCUACUUCAGGCACAGUUCACAGGCUGCUGUCUUUGCCAUAGACCUACUCAGUUGGUGCUAUAAACUGCAUUGGUAAUAUAUGUUUGCAGGAUACAUUCCAACCACAGGGCUUUCUACUCUGCCAAGGGAUCAUACCUUUGAAUAUAACCUUAUUAUAAUCUUGUGUUGGGAAUUACUUGGAUCUCCAAAGGUUUUUCUUUUCUUUUUUAACCAGAAAAAAACUCAGUAAGAGCUAUCUUGCUCUUGCAUUAUUAAAGUUGUUGUUUUCCUCCUCCUCAGUCUGAGCAUCAGAAAAUGAUGCAUGCAGUAUCCCCAAAGAACAUGUGGUUAGUGUUUAGGCAGCUGCUUUUAAAGGAUGUUACAGAGAGCUGGACAGCAAGAACCAGAUGUGACCAGGUGGGCCAUCUGGGAGAAAAAAGACAGCUAGCAUGCUCAUCAGAGUAGAGAACAGAGACGUAAAAUCUGCCUUCUUAUCAGACAUGUUCCUUUGUAAACACAUACACAUCCACCUAUCCCUUUUAUGUUUUCUACAUUCAUCCAAAAGGUCUGAAGGGAUGUUCCAUGAUUUCAUGGAUCCCUUUUAAUGGCAACAACAACGAAAAAUUCUUUCAGAAACACUACAAUAUACAAUUCACAGAAAUAACGAUGUAUUUCUAGUUGAGUAUCUUCAUUUUAGAGGAAGUACCCUAGAGUGUAAUUCCCUUCAUUUGUACCAGUUUUCAGAGCUAUCAUUCCUGACUUUUGUUCAUAAACACAUUCAUGUGCACCGGCACACACACACACCUGAAGAGCAAGGCAGGAGCCUCUGAAAUAGAAGGUUCAGAAGUCAAGUAAAUGUUAACGAGAACAAGACCUGGGGAUGGCCCUCCUGCUUCCACAUUUCCCCUUCAUUUGCCCUUACACUGCUCCCUGGAAGUCUUUAUCAAUAGCUGACAGGUCUUCAGGCACAGUGCUUAUGAUGUUUUAUAUAGAUAAAAUGUAACACAGAGUUGAAACUAGGAUUCUGUUGUGCUAAAUCUUAGUUGCAUGCAAGGAGUUCCCAUGACCAUAUACAGUCGCCUCUCAGGAUAAAUGCAUGUGCAGGACAUGGUCAUGCUCAGGGGUAACUGUGGCCUGAAAGCCUUUUUUAAGUGCUCGGGCCUGUGCCCACGUAAGCAUCACUUUGGGGAUGAUUUGUCUGUGUCACUGGAAAAGCUUAAGGGACAGAAAAUUCCUCUGCCUUCUCCAGGUAUUUGCUGCAUGUGAGUAUCAUUGUGCAGAACUCGCACCACUCAUUAAGGGUAUAGAUGGGGAUACCGAAGAGAAAAAUGGCUUGUGUUUCUCAUUUCAAUCUCUGCAAAUUUUGUACACAUUUACUGAUUAAUGCAUUCAGACUAAAAUGAAAACAUAAUAAACUUGUCAUCAAAAGUAUAUUACAACAUAUAAAGCAACUUCUUUUUAAUCAGCCUGGUUCUCCCUCAGGUCAAGUAUUGUAAAGAAGAGGAAGUAUUUUGAUGGCAUGCACCAUCGUAAAUCAAAGCACAGACUCAUGAAUUAAGAUUGUCAGCUUUCAAAUGUAAAAGUAGAAGAGUUCUGUUUCUUUCAGUGUUUCCAGGUGAAUCUGUUUGUAGUGUUCCUUAUUUGCUAAAAAGAUAAAAAAGAAAGCGUCUCAUCACUUAGCAGCCUUGGCACUAAGCUCUUAUCGUAGAAAGAGAAUGAUGGUUUGGGCUUUAAUUUUGUGAACAAGACCUGAAGCUUAAUCCUUGCAUUCUGGUAUAAAGAGUGAACGUGGCAUUGAUAUUUCACUCAUCCAGGCUAUUAGAAUUUGCAAUUCACAUCAUAACUCUGUGCUUAAAUUAAAAAAGCUUUUCAAAAACAUCAUGACAUCUGCAGCAUUUAAAUUCUAUUUUAUUCUUUGUCCCAAAGCAAGCAGUGGUACAGUUCAAGAUUAAUAACUCAUUGGGAGUCUUUUGGGAUCGUAUCAGUUUUAUGGAAUAUUAAAUUUAAUAUAGGCACAUGCAUUAAGAAAGGCUUAUGCAAACCAUUUUUAGUGUUAAUUUUGUCAUGCUUGAAGCAUAAUUUAUUCAUCCCUUCUGUCACUGAUAAUUAUUGGAAUUAUGUACUUUAGGAAGCUAAUCCAUGCCCAAAAAGCACACAUGUAAAUACUAAUUUGAAUUUGCAAUUGAUGUAGGAAAAGGAGGCUUCAGAACUGCACAAAAUCCUGUGACUUGUUUGGUAAGAAAACAAUUGCAACCAACCAAAUUGCCACCAAUCUGGAUGUAAUUAAGUCCAGUCACAAAUCUUUGUGUUAUUAAUGGAUUAUCCAAGAGUUGCAUGUAUCACUAAGGCACAGCUCCCCUCAUAAUUCCUUGAAUUAAUGGCAGGGGAACUAAGGCAGUCUGACUUCUCCUGCAUUUUUCUACCUUGACUCACCCAGGAGCCUUUAUGAAACAUACUUAGGUAGUGCAUCAUUUUUUUCAGGGAAAUAACUUUUUAAAUCAAUUUUUUAUUCUAUGUAAUCUAAGGUAACUUAUCAAAGUCAACAUACUCUUUUCCCAGAAAUGUAAUAAAAAACAUUUCAGGUCUUAUUUAAAUUUUCAGAAACUGAGGCUGUAUUUCAGCUCAUCCUGCUACAAGGUCCCCCUGGAAAGUCUCAUGUAAUUAUCUCUCUUAUCUCCCAAAUUUGACAUGGGUAAUAAAGUUCCCCAUCCAUGUUUGACCAUUGUCUCACAAAUACAGUGUCGGAGAAAUAUUUACUAGCAGAUCAGUGUAACCCAAAAGCCUAAUUGUUUUAAGUAUCAGUAAGCACAUUUCACAGUUGUUUUUUACCAUAGGUUUAUUUUGGAAAGAAACCAAAAUGCCUUGUCGUUGAAAUAGUUUUAAUUUUAAGUAACAGUAUGAUUUUCCUGUCUGCUUCUAUUUUAUCAUACAAUUUUAAGAAAUUUAGUUAGUGCCACUCAAAUAUCUUUUAUAAUGCUGGUGUGAAGAUGUGUCAAGAACAAAAUGCUUUAGUUAUAAAAUGUGCCACCCACUGAGGAACUUGUAGCGGGAUAAACAAAACUCAGAAUGGACAAAUAUGUCUCUGAAUUGUACAUCAAUGUUGUUCAGAGUUAUCUCAGCUGGACCACUUCAUAAUUUUUGUGAGUCAUUAGAUAUUUUAGAAGUGUUACCUGGUAUUCUAUUUUGUAUACUGUUUUGUGGCCAUCUGUCAUUUGAAGUGAAAUUAAUUGGUGUCUUCUGAAAAGGGCUUGUUUGCCUCAGCGCCUUACCUUUUACACACACUUCUUUUAUGUACUGCUGACAUUUCAGAUGUUUCCUAACAGAACUGGCUGCCUACUAGUAGUGUUCUGGGUUACAGAAAGACUUUCAUGUUUGGAGGUCAGGACCCUCGCAUAAAACAUGGUUCUGCAAACUAAACAGAACAACAAAGAGAAGAGAUUGAAAGACAUGUUUUCUUUAUGUAUUAAUAUCUUAAAUGGAAUCAAAGAUUUUAUAUGAAAGUAAGUUUAUGUUUCCACUUUAUUAAGUUAGCAUGAAAGUUUACCAUUAAAGUGUUACCUCUUCUAUUACUGAUUUGCUUACACAUACUAGAAUUGUUUUAUUAAAUAUUUUAAUUUAUUUUUCUCUGACUGGAUUAGUUUCAUAUCAACUCUGAACACUACAUUUGAGAGAAUUCAGAACUACAUAUUUAUUUUGCAAAGGAAGACAACUAGUUUUAAAAGUCAAGAUUUCUUGUACCAAGAUUACCUACUUGAAGGAAUUAUUGGUACAAAUUUAAAGUCUCAUAAAAUUCUCAUUUAAAAAAUGAUGCUUUUACAGAAAGUGUAAACUCUAUAGCAUAGCCAUAAUUCAACUUUAAACAUUUAGUACCUUCUGAAAAUCAUCCUGCUGCCUCAUACUGAUUCAGAGAUUAAAUUCUGAGUUGUUAGAAGUGUAAAUGCCUACACAAGAAUCAUUUAGCUGCCUAAUAAGGACUGAGAUUCCUCAACAGUAGAGAUGUCCUGCUAUGCUAAACUCUUAGUCACUUUAAACUGCACAAGAGGAAUGCACCUGGGCCUCAGUGUACGUGUUAAUGAGAUACUGAGGCAAGCUUGCACGUGGCAAAAGAGGGAAGAACUAGUUAUUCUAAGCAAGAUGGGGCAGCCUACAGAGAAGGUGGGAAGAUUAAAGUGGAACAAAGAUUUGGACAGUGUCACUUUGAAGCCAGAGGAAAACAGUGCUAUGAGGCCACAUCCUUUCCUACAAAAAAUAAGAUCCCUGGAGCCAAAAGAGGCAAAAUGUCACCUGCCAGUCAGUGUGUAGCCCUUUUCUUGCACUGACCAAAACCCUGUUCCUUGCAUCAGGAGCAGCUCAGAGAUACUGCUGCUCUGGGGGACAUUUCCACUCAUCAUCCUCCACUUACAUGUUCAAACUUUUUUCAAACUCUUUACACUUGCAUUAAUUAUAUUUACUAGUUCUUAAACCAAGAUACCUGGUUAUUCAUACUUUACUAGAAAUCUUUGUUUAGAGUGAACUUAAUGUGGACUAAAGUCUUCUGUUUGAAAAGUCGCACUUUGCAUUUUGACUGUUGACCAAAUGGUUCCUCCUAGUUACCCACAGCGGGACUUUACAGUGUGGAGGUCUACUCUAAUAAAACAGAAUUCAGCAGGGAAUAGGAAAAUACAAAUUAAGUGUACCUAAUUGAGGUUACAUUUGAGGGAAAGAAAUCUUAGAAACAUCCUACAGCCAAUUGGAAGACAGCACAGCUAGGUAAGACCCAGGACAGAGGAAGGAUGGGAGAUGAAAGCCUAACAGCACCAGGGCAGAAUGGUGCAGGGCUGACCUGCCCACAGAAGCAUGCAGUACUUACUAACGGGAGCUGCUUCUCAGAAGGGCAUUUGAGGAGCUUCGUGCGUGCUAUUAAGGAUUGCAUGCCUCUCAGUUCUCUGCAGUACUUUCCCAAAGGGCACUACACUGGAUAUGGGUUUGGUUUCCUUAUGCUCCCUCUCAUCUCUGUAAGCAGCCGCUGUUGCAUGAGUGGCCUUUGCUCUGUUUUUCUGUAAGGUUGCAGUGAUGGUGAUGCAGCCCUUCCUCAGUUAAAUGGUAGCUGAGUACACAUUAUGUGUAGGGUGGCCAGUACUGCAAGAAAACUGUGAAUAUUCUUAUUUUUCAUUUAUUACUGGUAUAUCUUGUAGUAUAACACAUUUAGUUACUCUCUUGCCAGCAAACUUGUAAGGACCCCAAAUGAAAAUAUUUGAGAUUCAUUCUAAAUUCAGUCUUAAGUUUCUAAACUAGCUUUCCAGUCAUGAUCAUUGGAACCAGCAAGAUGCAAAGUAAUAAAGUUUUAGGUGAUAAAAAUGACUCUGGUAGCAGAAUUUUAUAUUUUCCUUCAGUUUUAUUUAUUCAUGUCAGGUACACAGAACACUGGAAGAGCUCAUUUUUCUGGUAUUUAUUUUUUACUUCUGGUUAUUAUUUCCUUCCUUCAUCUUCAGUUUCCUGAUCUUUUGUUUUAAACAAACAAAAAGGUUAUCAGCAGCUUGUAUUGAAUAACAUCAUAAGUAGCCCUAACUAAAGUUUCCUCUCCUUAGGCGCUCAGGGCCCCUGCCUUACAGGACCGCUCAGGCACCCACUCACCGAGGCUGCCUGUGCACUCAGUAAGUGACCACCUUCUUGUUUUACACAGCUGAGCGUGCAAAGAUCUGGUUGUAGCCCUUGCUGCAGAGAUAGCAUGAGUGGGUGGCAGGUUUGUUACAUGAAUGGCAUUGUUAGUGGAGGCUUUGAGACAUGCAAGGCUACUCUGAAGAUGUGUCCAGGGGGGCAGCCUGUUGUCCUGUUAAACUGGUCAGGUGACUUUCUACCCAUCCCAAAGCAGUCCUGAAACACUAAUUACCUUCACUCCCUGGUCAGAUUCAGUUUUUUUCCAUUUCAUUAUUUUAUGCCAAUUUUUUUAUUAAUUCCUUCACUUUCCUAUAAGCAAAUGUCUGAAAGUAUUUCAUUUAUGCAGUAUUCAUAGCUUCAAUAAAAACAGCAAAUACAAAAUCUUAAAUCUCAGACAAGCCAAUCUACCAUAAUCUGAAGACCCCAGAGCAAUACUGCAUUACUUCAUCAGCUCUACAGUUCCCCAAAACAGAGCCUUCCUAAAAAACCAAACAUCACAUUUUUUACUUAUGUGUAGGGAAUGUUUUUAGUACUGGAAUAAGGGCCUUCUAAAUGCCCCCCAAAGCAGAUUGUCAAAUAACAGUGAGAAGCCAGAUUUCAAACUAUAAGCAUCAAAGCAGACAGCAGAAACACCACUUUCCCCUUUCUGUCAGUUAAAAUGCCCCUGCAGAAACUACCACUUAAGCAGCUCACCCAGGCAUACGACAUCAGACUGUAUUUUAAAAGCGCAGGUCAGAUACCAAUGGGCUGCAUCAGACAGGAUAGAUAUAAAAUGGCACUAAGAAGGAAAUCCCCACACCACAUUGGAGCGACAAAAAUAUGAAUACAAAAAAAAAAUUAUGUGAUUCCAAACUCACUAGUAUUUUCUUCAUGUAGCACUUGUCAAAUAAUACAACCUCGAAGUCUCAUGUGAGUAGUCUGAACAAUCUUCAAAGGGAAAAAAGCUUCAUCCCCCACCUCCAGUUGAGGCCCACGUGUUUAAAUGCCCUGAAUUCAAAAUCUUAAGAGUCUGAGAGGAAAUUUGGGAUGUAUAUUCUACGUGAAAAAAUUACCCUGGCAGUCUUUGCCAGAUUACCAGUCCAUGCUGUUUUUGUAAAUCCUGAAAGGGGAAAAAAAGUCAGACAUCUUCUUACAUAGGAAUUUUCCUCUUACAAAUUACUUAACUUUUGUAGAAAUAGAUUUACCUUCCUGCUCUUAAGAAAUGCCAGACUAGUAUACAAAAACAGAGGGUGAGGUGCCCAGAACCAUGGUUGACAUACCUAUGAAUGUUUUCUCCUAACCCAGAGUGCAGCAGGUUUUGUAUUUAGGGUAUUGGGUGCGGUGGAGACCCCAUCCCUGCCAGGCAGAAUCGCUCUCCAGCUGCAGUUAGAAGACUGAAUCCACCAAAGGUCUCAUCCCAACAACAGGGAUUGUCAUAAUUCCUCCUGAGAUUCUAGACCUUUCACAUCUGCAGCAUAUAGGAUAGAUACACAUUCCAAAGGAAUUCACUAGUUUUGUCUUUAGUUUCAAAAAGAUUGAGUCCAUGAAGAUUCACUGCAUUUCCUUCAAGAAUAUUUUAUAGAUUCUAAAUUCAAUCCUAAACACAGAUUCUGAGAAUCAAAUAAAAAUCAAAGAUACAGGGGAACUUCAUUCUCAUAACUAAAAUGGCCAAAGAAGAAAAACUCCUAUUAUUCUGUGUUCACUUGAACAUUUCACUUUGCUAAACAACAUGUUAGCUAUCCAAUUUCAUCCUGUCAAGGUGGAAUGAUGACAGGAGCAUAGAACCAAUGGGCCAUUUCUAGUACUUAUUCUCCUUCAUAAACCAUUGAGAUUUCUCAUAAGAAAUGGCUUCUUUAGUAAGACACCUGUAGGUUUUAUGUUUAUGUCUAAACAUAACAAUUUAGAUGGCCUCACUGAGCAGCUGAGUAAAGCGGGGAUUGGUGGUGCGUACUCUGCUGACUUUAUGUUACCAUUUGUACUUUUUGGUUUGGUUUGGUCUGGCUUCUGGUAAGGGCCCUAAAAGAGUAGAAGACUCUCAGGUCAUUUUUUUUGUGAUUACAAAUGGUUAAGAAAAGCAAAGUCUGAUAAAUACAAGAGAAGUUAAUGAAGUUGUCCAAGUCCCAUGAACAGCUCGAACUUGUUUAGGAGCCUUGACAAAUUGAAAGCAAAGUCAAGACAUACAAAUGGUGCCUAUCGUGUGACUGUGGGAAGGCACUACCGUUUUCCUAGUACAGGCCCACAGCACGUGGCUAUGAAAUACGACUUUUCCAAUUUCUGACUCUUCCCUUUCCUAGAAGGUGAACUUAGGGUGAUGAAGAGGGAGGGGGGCCUGUUCCCGGGUAUGUCCCAUCUGCAGGCAGCCUGGUGAGCAAAGCACUCCUGUGACCAACAAAGUUUUCUUUUAGUGCCAGUGUGUGGUCAUUUAAUGUCAUGUUGAAGCACCUUUAAUCUUUUUUUGUUGUUUUAAAAUAAUAUAUUUGUUAAGUAGAUAAAAGAAACACUGGAAAAUUGGGUGCUUCUUCUAGAAAGUUCAAGUAUAAAACAUACAAACAUCAUCUGAGUUUAUCUGGCUUUGUAAACAAGUCUGAAAGUGAAAGCUAACUAUGUAAAGCAGGUAUCUGUCUUUUAUCAGUUUUUAACUGAGACCUGUAUUUAACAUUUAUUUAUUAGUUUUUACAUUGAGAAAAAUUCCACUUUGGAUUUUGGCUAACAUUGUAGGAUGUUUAAUUGCUUCCCCCAUUUUUAAAAUAUGACUUCAUCACUUUUGUAAACUUAGACCAUUUUUGAAUAGCCUCCUUUUCCAAUAGACCGAUCACCACUCAUGAGUCUGCAGAACCUCUUUUUUUGUAUUCUUAUAAUAAAUGUAAAAUAUUUGUAGCAAA